UUGGGGCCCUGAGAGCCAAGAAAUCACCCCCCAGGUCCCGAGAGCUCUAGGAGGUACCCCACGGUCAGCCUGUAUCCUUCGACAAGCAGACUUCAGCCUGUGCUACUCUGAAGUCCUCAGCAAUCACCGAAGCCCAGAUGUUGCCUUCUGCCUGUGACUAGUCAAAUCAGAGAAGAGACAUGUGGCAUUGCAGUGGUGAUCUCCAGCUUUGGUGCUAGAAAGCUUCAUCCACAAUGGUGCAGAUAUGGACCAGAAAUAUCCAGGCUUUGAACAUGUUCUCCUCCUCCUGGGCCGUAGUCUUGCUGGCGAUAGGAGUCCUCAUGGAUGAGUGGGUGGAACUGACCUCCCAAACCGAGACAGAAAUAGUCAAGAAACACCACAGUCCGUGGAUGACGUGCUGCCUUGCUAUCUGGCCAGAAGGUAGCCUGGAGGUGGUUAGGAUCCUGAUGAUCAUGGUCCUCAGCUUUUCCUUCUUCCUUAACUUGUUCCUGGGUUUGGAAUUCACCUAUAUGAUUCCUCGAAAUAAAUACGUAACCCUCUUCGCUGCUUUCCUUGGCUUCCUCUCAGGUGCCCUCAUGCUCUGCGCGAUCUUACUGUACCGCCAGAAGCUAGAAAAAGGCAAGUCCGUGUACUUCUCCAGCUACAAGGAGUCAUGGGUCACUGCCACUUCCUAUUUAAACGUUUUCUUCCUUUUUGCCAGUGGAAUCCUGUCUCUCCUACAGUGCAAGUGUCCCACCAGCAGCUGCUCCUGUCUGAACAUCCAUGAGUUUGCCAGAAAACAUGGGGGUGGAAAGCAAAGACGGAGCUCUAUCCAAGUGAUCUCAUUACCACAACGGACGGAAAUGCCUCGUAGCAUUAUCCGAACACACACCAAAGAAGGCUCACUGGACGAAUCGCAAGUCCACACACGCCGUGUGACCUGGGCUGUGUGAUUGGACCACACGUACCUUCCGGUAUUUGCUCACCUUUAUGGGAAUGGCUUUGUAUUUGUCUCCAACCAUUGUGUGUGUUUGCAUUACGUAAAUGACUGGGAAUGGGCUGGAGUCUGUAAAAUGAUCCAGAAAUGCCUUUGUGUGUGUGUGUGUGUGUGUGUGUGUGUGUGUGUGUGUGUGUGUUUAUCCUGGCCUGUUGGACGAAUGGUUUCUUCUACAACACUGGUUACAAUAGAAACAUAAUAAAUAUUACUAUAUAAUUAUUUCUUGUUGUAUUGUUAACUCUACACAUCAUAAAGACUUAUAAUGUUAUGUAACACCUUUUAUUUGUGAAAUAUUUAAGACAUAGAACAGAACAUAAAACAAUAUGACAAACACCUAUAUGCACAUCACCCGACGUUAUAAAAUUUUAGCACUAUGUCCUAUUUCCUUUAGAAGUUU